UUUUGGGACGGUUGUGUGACGAAGUUGUUUUUUUGUUUUAACAUUUGUUUAUAUUUACCUUUCGUGUGGUGCUGUGAUUACAACCAGCUUAUGAACCAAUCGAAUUUUUUUGUAUUGCUGUAAUAUUGAUAUAACCGGCAAAUCCGCUCAUCCAUUCAAAAGAACUCUCGGAACAAGUUUCUGUUGUUGUUGUUAUUGUUAUUUAGUGUCUCAUCGAAAACUAAAAACUCAUCAAACCGGAGUGAAGCUACAACGUGAAAUAACAACAACAACAUGAGCCACAUAUCGCUAUGGGAUAUACUGAAAUUUACAGUAAAAGGUUUGGACUACAAAUUCGAACAGUAUCGGCUGAAUACGGGUGCAACGGUUACAACAAAAAUCGCCAAGGGUGAGGUUAAGGGUGCCAAGCGUAUGUCAGUAUGGGGUAAUUCAUACUACAGUUUCGAGGGCAUACCAUUUGCCAAGCCACCCUUGGGUGAAUUGCGUUUUAAGGCUCCAGUCGAGGAAGAUCCCUGGGAUGGUGUUUUGGAUUGCACAGGCCCAGCCAAUGUUCCCUUUCAAGGGAAUAUGAUUUUCAAGAAAUACAAGGGUUCGGAAGAUUGUCUGUAUUUGAAUGUUUUCACCAAUGAUAUCACUCCCUCUGCCCCAAGGCCAGUUAUGGUCUGGAUUUAUGGAGGCGGUUUUCAAUUGGGUGAAGCCACUCGAGACAUGUAUAGCCCCGACUAUUUCAUGUCAAAGGAUGUAGUCCUAGUCACCAUUGCCUAUCGCUUGGGUCCAUUUGGUUUUUUGAGCUUUGAUGACCCCAGUGUAGAUAUACCAGGUAAUGCUGGCAUCAAAGAUCAAAUUAUGGCUCUCAAAUGGGUGCAGAAAAACAUUGCCGCUUUUGGCGGAGAUCCCAACAAUGUGACCCUCUUUGGAGAGAGUGCAGGUGGCACUUCUACCCAUUUGUGUAUGGUUAGUGAACAAUCAAAGGGAUUAAUACACAAGGCGAUUACCAUGUCAGGAUCGAUGCUAUGUCCCUGGGCCUUGCCACCACAAAAUCAGUGGGCCUAUCGUCUAGCCAAAGCCCUUGGUUAUGAUGGAGAAGAAAAAGCAACCGAGAUUUAUCAGUUCCUUAAGACAGUCUCUCCCAUUGAAAUACAAAAAGCAACUCCCACAAUUUUGAACAAGGAGGAAAAACACAAUCGGGUAAUGUUCGCAUUUGGUCCAGUGAUAGAACCCUAUCGCACCAAAGACUGUAUCAUAGCUGAUUCCCCGCUCGAACUUAUGAAAACAUCAUGGAGCAAUGAUAUACCCAUGAUUUUGGGUGGUACAAGUUUUGAGGGUCUACUCUUUUAUCCAGAGGUAAUGAGGCGCAAAGCCACCUUGGAUGAGGUGGGAGAUUGUGCCAACCUAUUGCCGCUAGACUUGGGUAUUGACAAACGCAGUACUAAGGCUCAUGAGUUGGGGUUGAGCUUGAAGAAGGCCUAUUUUGGUGAAGAGGAAUGCAGCAUUAAUACCAUUAUGAAGUUUUUAGAGCUUUGUUCCUACCGAGAAUUCUGGCAUCCAAUCUAUCGCACAGCUUUAUAUCGCAUGCAAUUUGCCCGUGCCCCCACCUAUGUAUAUCGUUUCGAUUAUGACUCGGCCGAUUCGAAUGCCAUUCGUCGCCUUCUGUGUGGUGAUGCAGUGAGGGGGGCUUGCCAUGGCGACGACAUGGUCUACCUGUUCCGUUUUAUGUUUUCACAUCGCAUGCCCAUGGACUCUCAGGAUUGUAAAGUUUCCAAGACCAUGAUAGAUGUAUGGACAAGUUUUGCAGCAACAAGUGAUCCUAAUUGUGCCUCGUUGGGCGAUGUAAAAUACGAACCUCUGGGAAAGGAUACAACAACAAUUAAAUGUCUGAACAUUUCCAAUAAAGUUGACUUUAUUGAUUUGCCUGAAUUAGAGAAAAUCAAAGAGGUGUGGAAUAGUUUCUAUCCCCAGGGGAAGUUAUAAGUAUGGAGCGGGUGAAGCGAAUGGAGAAAAGAGCGAGAGAGAGAGAGAGUUGGCUACCUCAUGUAAAUAAUUUCCAUAUUCAUAUUUAUGUUAAACAAAACGUCUUAGUAGGGUAAACAGUAUUUAUAAAUAAUUAUUUUUAUUUUGGAGAAAAAAAACUAGAAAAAAUCUGAUUGUUAACCAUUUAUAAAUUUUAAAAUAAAUUUUGUUUAUACAGAAAUUGAAAUAGUUUUAUGUUUGGUAUUGUCUAAAUUUAUAAAUCUUGUUUUAGACGGAGACUCAUAACUAAGUUGAGGUGUAGGAAAUGUCGAUGUUUUAUAAAUUAAUUAAUUGCUGGGGAAAAUGUUUUAUAUUUAAGUCAUACAUCACAUUUAUUUUAUAAAACUGGUUUUAAUUGUUAUAUGAAAUAAACAUUGUUAUACAUUUUUA